AUGGGUGUGACAAUAAUCCUAGAGAAGCGGCAGGAAAAUGGCGAGACCAUCGAGCUCACCGAUGAGGGCCAGGCAGUUAUCGUGGAGGAGAAGGAGAUGCCCGUGGUGGACUGCACCUGCUUCGGCCUGCCACGGCGCUACAUCAUCGCCAUCCUUUCCGGCCUGGGCUUCUGCAUCUCUUUCGGCAUCCGAUGCAACUUGGGCGUGGCCAUCGUCAGCAUGGUCAACAACCAAACCAUCUACAAGGGCGACAAACCAAUCCUCGUGAAAGCUCAGUUCAACUGGGAACCAGAAACGGUUGGAAUGAUCCAUGGGUCAUUUUUCUGGGGAUACAUAGUAACCCAAAUACCCGGGGGAUUCAUCUGUCAAAAAUUUGCAGCCAACAGAGUCUUUGGCUUUGCCAUAGUGGCCACCUCAUGCCUGAAUAUGUUGAUCCCUUCGGCAGCACGAACUCACAUUGCCUGUGUUAUCCUUGUCAGGAUAUGUCAAGGACUCGUGGAGGGUGUUUCAUACCCAGCGUGCCACGGCAUCUGGGCAAAAUGGGCCCCACCUCUUGAAAGAAGUCGAUUGGCCACGACAGCGUUUUGUGGGUCCUAUGCAGGAGCCGUGAUAGCCAUGCCACUGGCUGGAGUUCUAGUCCAGUAUUCAGGGUGGUCAUCUGUUUUCUAUGUUUAUGGCAGCUUUGGGAUCUUCUGGUAUCUCUUUUGGAUCCUGGUGUCGUACGAGAGCCCGGCAGCCCACCCCACCAUCACAGAACAGGAGCGGAAAUACAUUGAGGAGGCUAUCGGAAUGUCAGCCGCUAACUCUACACCUGUUACGAAAUGGAACACGCCUUGGAGAGCCUUUUUCACUUCGAUGCCAGUCUACGCCAUCAUCGUGGCCAAUUUCUGUAGAAGCUGGACCUUCUACUUGCUCCUCAUCAGCCAACCUGCAUACUUUGAAGAAGUGUUUGGGUUUGAGAUUAGCAAGGUGGGCUUGGUGUCGGCUCUCCCCCAUCUAGUGAUGACCAUCAUCGUGCCGAUCGGUGGCCAGCUGGCUGACUACCUGCGCACAAACAAAAUCAUGAGCACCACCAACGUCCGGAAGAUGAUGAACUGCGGAGGUUUCGGAAUGGAAGCCACCCUGCUGCUAGUGGUCGGGUUUUCUCAUACGAAAGUUGUGGCUAUCACCUUUUUGGUUCUGGCUGUGGGCUUCAGUGGGUUCGCUAUUUCAGGCUUCAAUGUGAACCACCUGGACAUUGCUCCCCGCUAUGCCAGUAUCCUCAUGGGCAUCUCCAACGGGGUGGGCACUCUGUCUGGCAUGGUGUGCCCGCUCAUUGUUGGUGCCAUGACCAAACAUAAGUCGCGGGAAGAGUGGCAGUAUGUGUUUCUCAUUGCUGCACUCGUUCAUUACGGUGGUGUUAUAUUCUAUGGACUUUUUGCCUCCGGAGAAAAGCAGUGGUGGGCAGAGCCCGAGCAACUUAGCGAUGAGAAGUGUGGAAUUCUGGAUGAGGAUGAGCUGGCCAAUGAGACAGAGGAGUUGUACCGUACUAGCGGAGAAGGAGGCUACGGAGCAACGAUCCAAGCUCAGGAUCCCAACGGAGGAGGAGGAGGCGCAGGAACCUGGGUCUCGGACUGGGAUAAGACUGAGGAGUUAGUACAACCACCAGGAACCAAUAGCUACCUAUACGGAGGAGAGGAAGACAGGGAGCUAACAUAG